GACAGCGACAGCCACAGGGCCGGCGGCCGGGCCCGUCCGCGGGGGGACCGAGCCGUCCCCAUCCCGCCCCCGCCCGCCCCAUCCAUCCGCCCUGGCCAUGAAGACACUGAGCGGACGCUGCGUCGCUUUCCUUUGCUGCCUCUUUCUUCUGGCCCCCUGCUGCGGGGCAGGAAACUUUUUGUCUAAACAGCAUGCUUCUGAGAUCCUGGUUAGGAAACGGAGAGCUAAUAGCUUGAUUGAAGAACGCAAACAGGGAAAUCUCGAAAGAGAAUGCAUUGAAGAACUGUGCAAUAAAGAGGAAGCCAGAGAGGUCUUUGAAAAUGACCCUGAAACAAACUAUUUUUACCCUAAAUACCUAGCUUGCCUUGGCACAUUUCAACCUGGAAGAUUUGUGCCUGCCCGUCGAUCCACCUAUGCUUUCACUGACCUGAGGUCCUGUGUCACUGCAAUUCCAGACCAGUGCUUCCCUCUGCCCUGCCAUGAAGACGGCUAUCUAUUUUGCAAAGAUGGGCAAGGCCGAUACACCUGUGUUUGUAGGCCAGGAUGGCAUGGAGAAAGGUGUGAAAACGAUAUAGAUGAAUGUGAAGACCCUAUGAAUACAAAUGGAGGUUGCAGCCAAAACUGUAUUAACUAUCCUGGAAGUUUUCACUGUUCCUGUAAGACGGGAUAUCAAAUGCUUCUUAAUAAAAAGGACUGCAGAGACGUGAAUGAAUGCUUAUCACAGCCAAGUGUCUGUGGGAAGGCUGAAUGCAGAAACACCGAGGGAAGUUUUGAAUGUGUAUGUGCUGAAGGCUUCAAUUAUAAUCCCAGGACAAAGGAGUGUGAAGAUGUGGAUGAAUGUGCAGAAAACAUGUGUGCUCAACUUUGUGUCAAUUUUCCUGGAGGUUACUCCUGCUAUUGUGAUGGGAAGAAAGGCUUCAUGCUUGCCCUAGACCAGAAGAACUGUGAGCCAGUUCCAAUGUGUCUGCCUCUGAAUCUUGACAAGAAUUAUGAAUUACUAUACCUGGCAGAGCAGUCUGUGGGGAUCCCCAGUCUGUAUUUACGAUUUCGCUUGCCAGAUAUUACCAGGUUUUCAGCAGAAUUUGAUUUCCGGACAUAUGAUUCAGAAGGUGUGAUCCUGUAUGCUGAGUCCCUUGAUAGCACAGCAUGGUUCCUACUUGCCCUUCGAAAUGGGAGACUUGAAAUCCAGUUCAAAAAUGAACAUGCUCAACAAGUCACAAGUGGUGGCAAAAUCAUUAAUGAUGGCUUAUGGAAUAUGGUGUCUGUUGAAGAGUUGGAAGGCAUCAUUAGUGUAAAAAUAGCCAAAGAAGCAGUGAUGAAUAUCAACAGGUCUGGAAGCCUUUUCAAAUCCACCAGUGGUUUUCUGGAAACAAAAGUGCAUUUUGCAGGGCUACCUCGCAAGAUGGAAAACAAUCUCAUUAAAUCGAUUAACCCUCGCCUAGAUGGAUGCAUUAGAGGAUGGAACUUGAUGAAUCAAGGAACUUCAGGAGUAAAGGAAAUCAUUCAGGAAAAGCAAAAAAGACACUGUCUUGUCACUAUGGAAAAAGGCUCCUAUUAUCCGGCUACUGGAGUUGCCCAGUUUGAUUUAGAUUAUGGUCAUAGGGUCAGCAGUCAAGAAUGGCAGUUAAACCUGACCCUGACUAUCCGCCCAUCCACAAGCACUGGUGUAAUGUUUGCCUUGGUUUCUGGUGAGAGAGUGCCUCUUGCUUUGUCUUUGGUAGACUCCAACUCCUCUCAUUCUCAGGAUAUUGUGCUAAAUAUUGAAAAUGUCACUGUUUCCCGGAUAAAGUCCAUACAAUUGUGUACCCCACAAAAAUCUCAAGUGGACCUCAGAGUAAAUGCACACUUGUUUGAAUUGAAGAGCAGUUUUCCAACACAGACUAUUUACUCUGAAAAAUUACAAGAGCAACUUGGUGUCUUGAACAAAGCAAUGCAGGGACCAAUUUCAACUUAUUUAGGUGGUAUUCCAGAUGUUCCAGUCACUGCCACCCCAGUGAGUGCCUUUUACAAUGGCUGCAUGGAGGUGAAGGUUAAUGGGAGAGAGUUGGAUCUGGAUGAAGCCAUCUUCAAACAGAAUGAUAUUAGGUCACAUUCAUGUCCAACAGUUCUGGAAGAAAACUAGACUUUCUAAUGCUAUUUUCCUCUCUUCAGAUAUAAUUUUGUGUUUCUGUGUUCAAUUAUUCUCAUGCUGUUAUGAAAACUAACUGAAAUAUUUUACUUGAAUUGUACCAGGAAAGACUCAUGACUGACUAUUUUUAUUUUUAUCUUCUUAAAUUAGGAAACUGAACCUAUUUUCAGAAAGAAAGGACCACUUAUUGGAAUUUUUUUUUAAAUUAGCUUCAUUUGACAUUAACCAUUUAAAGCAUAAGGCAUGAACAUGUUUUAAAAAUUUAAUUUCAAUGUAUGUGAUUCGUUUCAGUUUCAUAACACUUGAAAAAGGAAACAACACUUUUAAAGCAAUGCCACUUUUGGCUCUUAUUAUUUCACCUAAGCAGGUGAUUGUGGAAAAAAGAGGAGGAAUUUCUAUUUUAUUUGCCAUCCUUUUUCUUCCUGAAACAGAAACCUCAGGAAAGAGGACAAUCGUAUUGCAGAAAGAUUGAUUCAAUUGAUUUACAUCAGGGAUAGACAGUAAGGAAUUCUGCCUAUUUUUCAUAUACAUCCAGAAAUAUAAAGGGAACAUAAAACAAACAAGAAAUGAGUUUGUAUCCCAGAUGGGAACAUUAUUUUACUGUUCAUCAUGAGGCUGAAACCAAAUGCAAUAAUGCCCUACAGGAUGUACAAAAUACAAAAAUUUCCAGAACAAUGAGUUCUUUUCCCAUUUUUCUUUUGAAGUCUAUUCAAAAGAAAUGCCAACAGAAAGAUACACAAUAUUCAAGAGUAUAAAGUUUAGGUUAGGGGUCCUAUAUAGAAAUACAGUAUAGCAGUCUGGUUUAAAGCACUUAUUGAGAAUAGUUUAUGAAAUAAUGCAAAAGUGGCAUCAAAUAAAGAAAUCACACAGAAUGAUGACUUAUUUAAGUGCCAAACACUUCCCUGCCUAACUUGAUUCUUUCAGAGAAUAAAACUGAAUACUUCCUAAGUAGAUAUACAACUUCCUCAAUUACUUUGCAUAGGGUUUAUGCAUCUUAAAUCUCUGAAAAUCUUUUUACAGGUUUCUUGCAAUUUUGCAAAUACUUUUGGAAAACUAUACCUGAAAUUUAGAACCUAAACUGUCAUAUAUUAUUUCUGUAAAUAAGUACAAGAUUUUAAGGUAUUAAGAGCCAAUAAGAAACUUUCAUUAAGUAUGAGAAUUGUGAUAGAAAAGAGGAAAUGCUAAGAAAAACCUAUUAAACUGUUAAUUACAACUAUGUAAAAUUGUCAAAAGCUUUUAUAGAAAUGUUUUACCUUAUGUAACAAGCCAAUAAAAUGAGUUGCAAUUCACAA